GGCCCCGCCGCGGCCGUCCCAUGUCCCGCAAGGCCGGCGACAAUGUGGAGUACACGCUGCGGAGCCUGAGCAACCUGAUGGGCGAGAAGCGGCGGCGGCAGGCGGAGGGGGCCGCCGGCUCGGGCGCGGCGGCGGCGGGCGAGUGCAGCCUGAUCGCCGCCGAGUCGUGCUCUAGCCUGAACAGCGCGACGUCGGGCGCGGAGCUGGAGCGGGCGGCGCGGCGGCAGUUCCAGCGGGACGAGACGCCCGGCUUCGUCUACGUGGUGUCCGUGUUCUCCGCCCUCGGGGGCUUCCUCUUCGGCUACGACACCGGCGUGGUGUCGGGGGCCCUGCUGCUCCUCAAGCGGGAGCUGAACCUGGACGCGCUGUGGCAGGAGCUGCUGGUCUCCAGCACGGUGGGCGCCGCCGCGCUGUCCGCUCUGGCCGGCGGCGUCCUCAACGGGCUGUGUGGCCGCCGGCCCUGCAUCCUGCUGGCCAGCGGCCUCUUCACGGCCGGGGCCGGCGUGCUGGCGGCCGCCCGCGACAAGGAGACGCUGCUGGGGGGCCGCGUGGUGGUGGGACUGGGCAUCGGUGUAGCAUCCAUGACAGUGCCUGUGUACAUCGCAGAAGUUGCUCCGCCGCACUUAAGAGGCAGAUUAGUCACCAUUAACACCCUGUUCAUCACUGGAGGGCAGUUUUUUGCAAGCGUCGUGGAUGGACUGUUCAGCUACCUCGUGAAGGAUGGAUGGAGGUACAUGUUGGGGCUGUCAGCUGUGCCAGCAGUUAUACAGUUUUUUGGCUUCCUGUUUCUCCCUGAAAGCCCCCGCUGGCUGAUUCAGAAAGGCCAGACUCAGAGAGCAAGGAGGAUUCUGUCUCAGAUGCGUGGCAACCAGGCAAUCGAUGAGGAGUAUGACAGUAUCAAAAACAACAUUGAAGAAGAAGAAAAAGAAGUUGGAGCAGCUGGACCUGUGAUCUGCAGAAUGCUAACAUACCCUCCAACUCGAAGAGCCUUAAUUGUGGGUUGUGGUCUGCAGAUGUUUCAACAACUGUCAGGGAUUAACACCGUCAUGUACUACAGUGCGACCAUCCUGCAGAUGUCGGGGGUUGAGGAUGACAGGCUGGCCAUCUGGCUGGCUGCCCUCACGGCCUUCAUCAACUUCAUCUUCACUCUGGUGGGAGUCUGGCUCGUUGAGAGGAUGGGCCGCCGGAAGCUGACACUGGGCAGCUUAGCAGGCACUGCUGUAGCACUCAUUAUCCUAGCUUCGGGAUUUUUGCUGUCAGCUCAGGUCUCGCCAAGAGUCACACUUAAUCCACCAGAUCCUUCACAUCAAAACUCUACCUGCACAAAAUACAGUUACUGUAAUGGAUGUAUGUUAGAUCCAGACUGUGGUCUCUGCUACAAACUGAAUAAAUCAAGUGUUGUUGAGUCCUCAUGCAUCCCUGUUGACAAACAUUCGACGAUGAAAGCCGCUUGGGGCAGGUGUUCAAAUGAAACCAUAUUCAAAAAAGAAGAUUUGUUUUGGGCGUAUAAUUUCUGCCCCACCCCAUACUCCUGGACAGCACUUCUGGGCCUUAUUUUAUACUUGGUUUUCUUUGCACCUGGGAUGGGUCCCAUGCCCUGGACCGUGAAUUCUGAAAUCUACCCUCUGUGGGCUAGAAGUACAGGAAACGCGUGUUCAUCUGGAGUCAACUGGGUUUUCAACGUGCUGGUGUCACUGACCUUCCUGCAUACAGCUGAAUAUCUGACCUACUAUGGAGCCUUCUUUCUGUACGCAGGGUUUGCUGGCCUGGGACUCCUUUUCAUCUAUGGCUGCCUUCCUGAGACUAAAGGGAAAAAGCUAGAGGAAAUUGAAUCUUUGUUUGAAAGCAGGCUAUGUACAUGUGGCAGUGCUGGGACUUUUUAGCAGCAGAAGACAAUCUCUCUUUGCCAGCGUUGUUUCCUGGACGUUCUCAGAAGUGGCAUUUGGUUGUUUCCCACACUACAAUUCAGUCUCUCUUAGAGCAGUUUUCUGAAGUUUUACAUCCUGGGCCCUUUUUCUUGAGGCAAAGCAAUUGAAUCACAAGCAUCUUGUUUAUUGUCACUACUUCCUAUGAGGAUGCAAAAUAUAUUGGCUUCUUUGCUGUCAAUCCCCUUUCCUACCCACAGAGUUGGGUUUUAGUCUUCCUCUUAAGGUUGCUUUACACAAAGGAAACAUUCCACACCUUAUUAACCCCGGACCUACUACCAAGCAUCAUGUAUCUUAAAAGUGAGAUCAAAUACUUGAAAUUAAUCUUACAUAAUUAGGGCAAUUAGGGUUUUAUUUUUAGAAUCUGUGAACGUUUAUAAUGUAUGAAGGUAAUUAAACAAAUGUUUCUAUUUUGCAAAGAUUUUUAUAUUUGUGCUUAUUUUAAGUUUUAAGAAUUUUUGCUAAGGGUAGUGCUAGUGACAUUCCAGACAGAAGAAUACAAAUACAAAUGCAGUUGAGUCAUUUCUUACGACAGAACGUUAAUUUAUGAAGUAGCAUAAGUAGCACACCUAAGCACAAUGUUGUCCUACAGACAGCUUUCUGCAGGAGGUGGGUAGGAGUUCCUUUGCAGGGACUGCACCUUCAUUCAGGUAUUCUGUGCAUGAGGAGCGCUGCUGGUAGGGCUGUGUGUGGAUCAGACACUGAUCACACUCUACAGUUUGAAAUAUUUCAGCAGCUCAGAUUCUUUACAGGCUUGGACCUAUGAGCAAGAAUAAAAGGAACAAUUCCUGAUGAGUUUUUAACCUUUCGUAUUUUAAUUCACCUUAAUUCACCUAUGGGGGUUUAUUAACCAUGUUCAAAUUCUUACAGUGUUGGGGGCAGGGGGGUGUGUGAAGUAAUUUGCAACUUGUUUCUUCCCACUGUCAAUUUGUUGCUCAAAAUCAUUUCUUAAAGGGAGAAACAAACUUGGUUUUAAAAGAAAACCAAACCAACAAAAGUAAAGCAAGCCCCUGGGACUCUUUUGAGGGCUGAAGCUGCAUUGUACACGUGCGCCUUAGGUUGCUGCCAUAGACAUUGACAACCAGCGAGUCUCAGUGCCUCCCCUGUCAGACGGUGUGGGGUAAGAAACAAAAGAUGUGGCACGUUUCAGUAGGGAUAGGAUUGGAGCCGACAGGAGCUGUUGGCAUCUCUCCUGAGGGGCAGAAGGGCAGGGAACCAGGGAGGUUCCCGGCGCAGGUGGCGUCCUGCAGAGGGCAGCAGGACGGGCAGGCUGAGGGCAGGGGCUGUGUUUCCCCUCUUCAUGGGGGUGAGGACACGGCAAUAGAGAUAGCAGAGCGAAUGCUUUCUUCCUCUGUGAAGUCUCUGUCCUCAGCUGGACAAUAGGAGGAAGUUUUGACUGAAGCUCACUGCGGGGCUCCUGGCAGUCCAGGAGGGCCUGUGCUUUGGGCACUCCCUGCAAACACACUGCGGGUCGGUCAGAGCAGGCCCCGCUUCUCAGCCUCACACCCACCCUCCACUGCUCAGCGUACUGCUGCUCCAACACAGACAUCUUGAAGUUCUCCUUGCGAUUGCCUUAGAGGCUCUGCAGGCCAAACUCAGUGGGGACGGGUCAGAGCCUUCAUUGCACAGAGCAGGAGCUAAGUCAGAGUAGCAAGUCGUGCGAAGCACUUUAACGAGUCAGAUAUCUGUGCACUCUUUUCUGAGAGAGCCAAGCCAACCAAACCCCAUUCCUCAUUGGGAAGAAAACAGAGCUUUGUGUACCAGGCCAGAAGCAGAUAAUGCCACAGUAUGUGCUUUAUGGCAAAAUGUGUUUUUAUUGCAGGUAAUAUUUACAGCUUAUAUGUAGCUGCUGCCUAUCAAGUGACACAAUUGUUCUCUGGAUUUUAACGAGUCACAUUUUUGUGCAAAACUCUUGGUGGUUUUCUAUCAAUCUCCAUCGCCUUGUGUACAGUACAGUAAGCGUAGUCCACAAAGUGGUCUAGGUUGUGGCAGUGUUAAAAAUGUCAGCACAGUAAAACCUAGGUGAACAUUGUUAAAGAAUAAUGUUGUUAGUGAUAUCGGGGGUUAAAACUCCUUAAAGGCAACUAUAUUAUAGAUUUUAAAAGUCUGAAAAAAAAAAGGCAAUUCUUAUCUAUUUUGUGUAUGUUUUCAUAUAGAGAGUUUUUUAUGUGCCGAUAACCAUCACUGUAGUGUUUUGUAAAUGGGUGUUAAUGGUGUUCCAGAGUUGUGUAUAUGAGCAUUCCCUUUAGCCAGGCUGAGCUGUCAGCGUGACCCAGCGGCAUGUUUCACACCUCUCCUCGAGGCUCACUGUCAGCUUCACUACAGCACAUGGGGAGCUGGACCAGAACCCGGCCUUGGGAACCUGCAGUUCACCUCGAGGCCCACUUCCUCAUGUUUUUUCCUACACGGUGUGUUACAGCUGAAUGACUCGGUGUGUGUAAUUAUAAAGCUUCAAGCGUGCUUCAGUUGCACUCCGAUCCUUCAAAAUUCAGUUUGACAUUUCAUUGUAUUUGCACAAGGAAGGGGAGCGCUGAUUAAUUAUGAGUAACGUCCCUGUAUUUCUAAAGGAAACAUCCGUUCAGGAAGUGUUAAAGGCAAAUUUCUGUCGCUGCCUUAAACAUCACACAGACUUUGGAGAGGACUGAAUGUAGGACUGACGUCGUGACUUCUGCAGGAGAGACUUCAGCUGGGGGGCUGGGUGCUGGGGGGAAGCCCAAGGGUUCCCCGGUGCUGGGCUGCCAGCCCCAGCUCGUGCCCCCGCCCUG